UGCCAGGGGAAUAAAGCCUAGGACCGAGUAGCCCCUGGGACCAUUCAGAAGACUGUCCACCCGUCCUCAGUCCCCUCUCUUCGUGAGCUAUCUACUCAGUUGAUCCCUCCCUCCCUCGCUGGCUUGGCUCUGUCUCUUGCUCAGACCCAUCGCCUUUGCCGGGCUGGAGUGCAGUGGCUCGAUCUUGGCUCAUUACAACCUCCACCUCCCAGGUUCAAGUGAUGUUCCUGCCUCAGCCUCCUGAGUAGCUGAGAUUACAGCAAUGAUGUCCGGAGAACCCCUGCAUGUGAAGACCCCCAUCCGUGACAGCAUGGCCCUGUCCAAAAUGGCCGGCACCAGCGUCUACCUCAAGAUGGACAGUGCCCAGCCCUCCGGCUCCUUCAAGAUCCGGGGCAUUGGGCACUUCUGCAAGAGGUGGGCCAAGCAAGGCUGUGCACAUUUUGUCUGCUCCUCGGCGGGCAACGCAGGCAUGGCGGCUGCAUAUGCGGCCAGGAAACUCGGCAUCCCCGCCACCAUCGUCGUGCCCAGCACCACACCUGCUCUCACCAUUGAGCGCCUCAAGAAUGAAGGUGCCACGGUCAAGGUGGUGGGUGAGUUAUUGGAUGAAGCCUUCGAGCUGGCCAAGGCCCUAGCGAAGAACAACCCGGGCUGGGUCUACAUUCCCCCCUUUGAUGACCCCCUCAUCUGGGAAGGCCACGCUUCCAUCGUGAAAGAGCUGAAGGAGGCACUGUGGGAAAAGCCGGGGGCCAUCGCGCUAUCAGUGGGCGGCGGGGGCCUGCUGUGUGGAGUGGUCCAGGGGCUGCAGGAGGUGGGCUGGGGGGACGUGCCUGUCAUCGCCAUGGAGACUUUUGGUGCCCACAGCUUCCACGCUGCCACCACGGCAGGCAAGCUCGUCUCCCUUCCCAAGAUCACCAGUGUUGCCAAGGCCCUGGGCGUGAAGACUGUGGGGGCUCAGGCCCUGAAGCUGUUUCAGGAACACCCCAUUUUCUCUGAAGUUAUCUCGGACCAGGAGGCUGUGGCCGCCAUUGAGAAGUUCGUGGAUGAUGAGAAGAUCCUGGUGGAGCCCGCCUGCGGGGCAGCCCUGGCUGCCGUCUACAGCCACGUGAUCCAGAAGCUCCAACUGGAAGGGAAUCUCCAAACCCCGCUGCCAUCCCUUGUGGUCAUCGUCUGCGGGGGCAGCAACAUCAGCCUGGCCCAGCUGCGAGCGCUCAAGGAACAGCUGAGCAUGACAAAUGGGUUGCCCAAGUGAGGACGGUCCCCUUACCGAUCUGCCCUCUCCUAGCCCAAGAGACCCCUGGAGGGGCUGGAGUUUUAUCCAACGCCUCGUUGUAUGUUUGGUUGAGGCCUGUGGCCUGGGUGCAGGUUAACUUCUUGUUAUCAGGAGCCCACUAUGCAGAGGCCAAAGGUUGGCAGCCAGUGAGGCUAUGAAUUGGACCUUUUUGGUAUCUGUGUGACUGCUCUGUGCCCAUCCUUAGCCAACCUGCUGGCGUGACAAGUGCCGACAAGUAACACACCAGGUACCCAGAGCAGGGUGGAUGGGAGAGACCUGAAUCACAGCAGUGAGGAAUUCCUCGAAGCUGUGACCUCGCCCCAGAACUUGUUCCCAGGGAAGGUAAACAGGUCCACCAUCCAGGGUUGAGGAACCAUCUCAGCCAUCCUCCCAGGAAGCCCACCCCUGAUCCUUACUAAUUUUUCUAAUGUGCAAACUUUUUCAUUGAAAAAUAAAAUAUA